AUGACUGAGACUAAAGAAAUAGUAUCUGAUAGUAAUGGGCUAGAGAAUAAUAAGAAUGCAGACAACAAUGAAGAAGAAACGGAGCUUGAAAGCGCGAUUAUUCGCCAGGUGGAGUAUUACUUCGGGGACGUGAAUCUUUCUCGUGACAAAUUCUUACGUGAACAGGUAUUGCUUGAUGAUGGAUGGGUGCCGUUAGAAAUCCUCAUCAGGUUCAACCGUCUUGCCCAACUGUCUAAAGAUGCUGAUGUUAUUGCUAAGGCACUCCACAAAUCAACAUCUAAUCUGUUGGAGAUUUCUGAAGACAACAAGAAAGUUCGAAGAAAUCCAGACAUGCCAGUGCCUGAGAUGAAUGAGGAACGCAGGAAGGAAAUUACUGCUCGGACCAUUUAUGCUAAAGGAUUCCCAAAGGACUCUAUUCUGGAUGAUCUUCUGAAAUACUUUUCCCAGUUUGAACAAGUUGAAAAUGUUAUAAUGAGGAAAUAUGUAGAGAAAUCUUCAAAACAUCGCCUAUUCAAGGGAUCUGUUUUUGCUACUUUUAAAACUAAGGAGCAGGCAGAAAAGUUCUUAAACACCAAAGGCCAUAAAUAUCAAGAUAAUGAAUUAAUAAUCCUCUGGCAAGAAAACUAUGUCCAACAGAAACAGGAAGAAUAUAUGUCUAAAAAAGGACAAAAGGAAAAGAAAAUAAAGGAAAAAGAAAAGGAAUCCAAUGCUGAAAAGGAGGAUUUUAAACUGCCAACUGGUACGGUACUGCACUUCAGUGAAGGCACAGAGACCAUGAAAAGAGAAGAUGUAAAGGAAGCACUUACACCUUUAGGUGCUGAUAUAGCAUAUAUAGACUUUAAAGUUGGUGACAAAGAGGGAUGGGUGCGCCUGGCCAAAGAAAACACAGCUAAGGAAUUAGCAGAAAAGAUGACAGAUGACAAAGUGAAAAUUAAUGAUGCUGAAGUUGUAUUUAAAGUCUUAGAAGGGGAUGAAGAAAAGAUUUAUUUAGACAAAACUAUAGAAGAAAUGUCCAAAAGGCGGAAGAAUAUGAAGAAUUUCCAGAAGAAUAAAGGCAGGAAGGGUGGUAACAAAUAUCAUGGUAAAAAGAGGAGACAAGACCAAGAUGAUGACGGCCCUCCUAAGAAAGUGAAGGCUUCUGAAAACUAG